CUAGCCUUGUGCACUCAGGCAGUUCAAAGCCCACACACACACUCUCUCUCAUCAACCUUAUCUCUUCUUCAACAAAUCUCUCUCUCUCUCUCUCUAUCUGUGUUACUGGUUUGGAGCUUCAAUUUUCAUGCUUCAGUUCAUGUAAUAUGCGAAUGCUUAGAGAGCUUGUAAUUUCCAUUCUCUUCUUGCCAUAAAGGAGGAAUUAGAAGAAGAAGAAAUGCCUUUAGUUAGGUAUCAAGUGAGAAACGAGUAUGGAUUGGGGGAUCCAGAAAUUUACAGGUCUGCAAAGAAAGAUGAUUCCCCUGCUCUGCUCGAAGGCGUUGCGGUUGCAGGUCUGGUUGGUAUAUUGCGCCAGCUCGGUGAUCUUGCCGAGUUUGCUGUAGAGAUUUUCCAUGACUUACAUGAGCAAGUGAUGGCUGUAGCUGCAAGGGGCCAUAACAUGAUGAUUCGUUUAGAAUACUUAGAGGCGGAGAUUCCAUCUGUUGAGAAAUCCAUUUUGAGUAAAAAAACCCAUAUACAGUGUGCUUAUUCAAAAGGUUCUGAAUGGCAUACUCAAAUUCAAAUAGACCAAAAUCACCUCACUCGAGGUGACUUACCUCGAUUCAUUAUGGAUGCCUAUGAAGAGUGUCGUGGUCCUCCCAGAUUAUACUUGCUAGAUAGGUUUGAUACGGGUGGUUCUGGUGCAUGUUUGAAGCGAUAUUCAGAUCCAUCUUUUUUUAAGAAGAAAUGGGUGGGUUCGGAACUUAUGAAAGCAGAGAAAUUCCAAAAGGAAAAGAAAGCCCAUAGGAACAAGAAGAAGGCACAACAUGAAAGGAAUGGAGAAGACCGAGAUGUUGGCUCGAUUUCUCAGCACAAUGCCAGCAGUAGAUGCUUCUCAUCUUUGGAGACCAAUGAGAAGAUCGCGAGGACUGAGAGGAUGUCCACUCCUGAUAUGAAGUUGAAACCUCAACAGGUGAAUGGGUCACGGUCCGUUGAACUGAUUAAGGGCACAGGCUCAGUGAGACCUAUUUUUGGUGCAAAUUCACCUCCUGGACUUGAAGAACCGGAAACCAACUUGUCUGCUACUCCUUCCUUAAAGAUUAGGUCUUUUGGUCGUAUAAGCACAUCAACUCCAUCAACUCUCUCUCUUGAACUGAACCAAAUGGUUGCAGAGGAUAACAGAUCAUCACAUGAAUCAGUGCACCAGGAAAGCAUCCACGAUUCUGUAAUGUGGGAGGAGAAAACUGAAGUUUUAAUACCUGAAGUUGAGCUAGCUAUUAGUUCGAUUGAUGCUUCAGAGUCAUUAUUAUUAUCUGGAUUGGAAGAAAGGCCUUCAAAUUAUGGGAAUGGAGUUGAUCAGGUUAUGUCACCAUCUGGACAUGAAGAAGGGAGUGGAAGUCAAGGCCAAUCUGAUGGCACUGCCUGCGAGACAGAUACUUACAUGGAUGCACGUGCUACUAUGGAUUCUGAUACCGAGAUGGAUCCUCCUUGCAAAAAGGAAGGGGAGAUGAAGCUCCUGUCAUCUCUGAUUCAGGGGUUUUCUCCUAAUGGUGAUAGUUUUAGAAGCCUAGGAUCGCCCAUGAGAACUCCACCUGAUGACCAUGAAGUUCCCUUAGGGACUGGUUCGGCAUGUAGUCAUACCCCCUCUAAUCAUGAUACUAGCAACUCGCAGUAUUUGGCAUGUGAAGGGCCCACUCAAACUUCCGCAUCUGGUUUUUCAGAGAACUGUAUUUCUGAAUCUUUUUCUGAUAUUGUUUCGGUGAGGUUAUGGACAAAUGGUGGUCUUUUAGGUCUUGAACCUGCAAAACCUAUGAAUAUUGGGAAUGCAGGCAAUCAGGCGCCGAAUGCUUCUGCCAUGGUAACAACAAAUAAUGCAGAAUGCAGCAGUCAAGACACAGAUUCAACCUCUAUGGCACAUUCAACACGAGCACCUUUGGAAGAGCAAACAAGGAACCCUGGUCGACUCAUCGAAUGCCCUUAUAACUUUAGACCCAACAUGGAGAACCGAGGUAACCGUGAGGAUUUUGUAAUUAAACAAAAGUGUCAGGAAGAUUUGGCAUUGCAGUUAGAGCUUAAACAAGGUAAAAGCUUCAAACCAUCUAACAAUCAACUAAGCAAUGGUAGUGAAGAGAAUUUUGUAGAUGCUUCAGUUGUAUCUUCUAAAGCUGAAUUACAAAAUUCUAGCAGUUUCGAAGGUAAAUCAUCAGCUGACCAUACCGAACAAUCUGAUGAUUUGGUCUCUAAAGCCCAUGUAAAAACCAACCUUGUGAAGUUUCAGGGGGGAUCUCUUCGAAUUGAUCCAGCGACUUCCUCUGGAAAUACAAAUUCAAAAGUUCUUGCUAAUGACAAAUUUUGGUCACUGCAGCAUUCAUUCUCAUCCAAGGCUGGUUAUAAUGGGCCGCCUUCACCCCCAUUAGAACACAUGAAGAUCUCUUUCCAUCCCAUGAAUGGCUCUUCCACUUCUCAAUUCAAACUGUCAUUUCCUGAUGGGCAUCGUUUUGGUGGGAGGAUCAAAGACCUCUCUCUAUGCCCUUCCCUUUCUCUCUCUGACCCAGCAGUUCCUCUGCAUGAUGCUAGUGAAACAGAGUCUGCCCUAGACCUUGGGGUUCUCUCUUUGAAGGAUCAGGAAACCCAAUCCAAGAUUUUCCAUGGAGAUUCAGAGGUGCUAAAACAUGCAGACAGUGAAUAUGAUUCUGAAGACUACAGCACCGAGGAAUUCCACAAGCGAUCCCCUGGAUUCUCAGUAAAUCUUAUUAGUCAAGAGUCUGAAUCUGAGAGCUGGAUUUGCGAUGACACAAAUGGGAGUAAGGAUGAGAGGUAUGAUGGAUUGUGUAGAGUUUCAUCAGACACAUCGAUAUCUAGUUCUCUAGGGCUAGAUGGUACUAGUAGUCUUCCUUUCCCUGAAGACUGUGAAUUUGGUGGUCCAUAUGGAGGGAAUGGAAAUAGGUCUCCAUUCUCAAUGUCAUCAUCAUCAGUGGAACUUCUUGCAAAUUUGGGUACUGUAAAUUCUACAUUGGUUCCUGAAAGUAAGGAUCUGAGAUACUCAGAACCAGAAUCAUCAGUAAAUUUAGCAUCUCUACAAGAAAUAUCACUAAACUUGGCUGCCCCAGAAAGUAUUGGUUAUGAAACUGAGACAUAUGAGAUGCCACCACCUCCCCCCCUUCCUCCUGUUGAAUGGAGGACUAUGAAAACGCCUCUUCCAGGGCUGGAAAACAAACAAGAAACUGCUAUUCAUGCUUCCACAAUCGCAAGUAUGCACACUCCAGAUAUUAAAACUGUUCCACAAUCUGAGGAAGGCAUAGCCAAAGGAGCCCUGAUGGCUGCCUUAAAUUCAAAUGGAAAGAGCACGCUGAAAAAGCACGAGGCUUCAGUUCAGCCUCCAAGGAGUGAGCCACUGGAUGAAAGGACUAUGUUGCUAGAGCAAAUCAGAACAAAGUCAUUCAGCUUAAGACGCACGACCACUGCAAGGCCCAACCUGUCACCUGGCCCCACAACCAACAUCAAUGUAGCCGCUAUUUUGGAGAAGGCUAAUGCAAUCCGCCAGGCCUUUGCUGGAAGUGAUGAUGGAGGCGAUGAUGACAAUUGGAGUGAUGCUUGAAUGUGCUAUUGUGAGCAUGUGACAUUCAUUCGGGACAUGACCAACAACUUGUAUCCAUGCAAGAUGGCCAUGGGGAAGGAUCAGCUCAGGAUUAUUCUGUUUUACCAUGUGAAUUAAGAGAAAAAUGAGUUAAUCAUGUACAGUCCGUGCUUUUCAAGAUGCGUUGUAUUUUCAUAGGUUUUCAAUUGAGUUAUUGAUGGUGCCAAUUGGGCUGGUUCCACCUCCUGUGAAGAUUGACAUGUCCAACCCACUUGUAUUUAAGAAAGGUUUGGUUCACAGUUCUUUAAAAGAGGUCUGUAAGAAAAUAUGUAUGGAUUUUGGCUUCCACAAUUUGUAUCGCCAUAAUUUUUGUUGCCGACAAAAGAGUUCCA